AUGAGUGUGAAAUCCUCUAGCGUUGCAUCCAGAGACAAGAACUAUAUAGGGAUCUCUGUGUCUGAAGUUGACACUGGCGCUCAGCUCGUUGCUGGGUUGACUUCGACUCUUAAGCCCGAUGAGGCUUUGAGAAUAAGAAAGAAGAUCGAUAGACAUGUCAUGCCUCUGAUGUGUGUUCUUUUUGGUAUCCAAAUCCUGGACAAGAUAACCUUAGGUUCUGCGGCCAUCCUUGGAAUGCAGCGGGCCACACACCUGACUACGAAUGAGUUCAAUUGGCUUGGCACUGCAUUUUAUAUCGGUUAUAUUCUGUUUGAGUAUCCCCAGAAUCUUGCCCUUCAGAGAUUCCCGGUCGGGAAGUGGAUAAGUAUCAAUAUCUUCGUCUGGGCAAUUGCACUUGCAUGUCAUGCAGCGUGCAAAAACUUUAAUCAGCUUUUUGUCGUGCGUAUGUUGCUGGGCGUAUGUGAGGGGUCGAUCACCGCCGGAUUCUUGAUCGUUGGCUCCAUGUUCUACACGCGAACAGAACAGACGCUACGGGUUGGUUAUUGGUCUAUGAUGCUUGGCAUUGCACAAAUAAUCUCUGGUUUCAUCAGCUUUGGUACUUUGCACAUUCACACCUCUGGGUUUGAACCAUGGCAAUGGCUUAUGGUUAUCACCGCUACAAUGACGAUGAUCCUUGCCAUCUUAUUUUGGUUCUUGUUCCCUGAUUCGCCUACGAGCGCCUGGUUCCUUGCUCCCGAUGAGCGAGUGAAAGCUCUAGCACAGGAAAACCAAACAGGAGUAGAAAACAAACACUUUAAGAGGGAGCAGAUGAUCGAAGCCCUGACUGACCCCAAGACAUGGCUCUUCGCUCUCCUCGCGGCUCUAUGCAAUGUGCCUGCCUCAUUAUUAAACCAACAAUCACUUAUCCUCGUUUCGUUUGGAUUCAACUAUUUACAGACGACUCUCUUGUCUUGUGUUCCUGGUGUGAUUCAAAUUUUGACAGUCUUCACUGCUGUUUGGCUUGCAGCACGACGGCCCAAUUCCAGAGCAUACGUUGGUGCUAUAUACUUCGUUCCGGGGUUGUUGGGCGUCUUGCUAGUCAAUCUGCUUCCUUGGUCGAAUCGGACUGGACUUCUUGCUGGCCAGUUCCUGGCUGGAUUCCCCGUGCCCGCAUUCGUACUGUCGUUGUCAUGGCUUAAUAGUGUGACUGCUGGCCAUACGAAGAAGGUUGUCACUAACGCCACUGUGCUUUCGGCUUACUGCAUUGGCAGCGCAGUUGGCCCUUUGAUGUGGAAGGCACAGUAUAAGCCGCGCAACCACAUCCCAUGGGCUGUGAUUGGGAUGUGCGACAUCGCCUGUCCGGCACUUCUCUUUGUCAUCCGUGCUAUUCUUGUCCGAGAGAACCGAAUUCGCGAUGCAGAGUCUGUUUUCGACGUAGACGAAUACGUUAUCGAGCGAAUCACUGAGGAUGGGAAGCGCGUGAAGGUCAAAAUCGACAAGGAAUUCCUGGAUCUGACGGAUAGGCAGAACAGGGACUUCAGAUACAUUUUGUAG